GGAUUUGACGAUCUGGAGCAGUAAGUGUCUGUGGAAAAUCCGCUCCCAUCCGUUUAUUAAACUGUUGGCAACGGGCACAAAUUUGGCGUUGUGAGGGAAAGGGGAACUUUAUGCUUCAGAUAUCGUGAAAAUUUACUGAAAUGCCUGGUGAAGCCACAGAAACCGUUCCUGCCACAGAGCAAGAAAUGCAGCAGCCUCAAGCUGAAACAGCAGAAGAACACAGUGAUGUCAGCCCUUCUCCUGCCUCUGGGGGAGAAAGCACUGCUCCAAGCGAAUUGACUCCAGCUACUGACUCAACAGAAUCGGCUGUUACUGAGGUGGCAAGUGAAGCUUCCCAGACUGAAGCCACCACUGAGAAUGCAGUGUCUCAGGCUGUUCAGGAGCUUUCAGCUGGGGCUGGUGCUCCUGCCUCAGAAGCUCCUGCUGUGCCUGAUGCAGUCCAAGCACCUGCAUCCCCCGUUUCUCCUGAGAAGUCUGUUCAAACUGCAGCUACUAUUGAAACCUGUUCUGAGCAUGAAUCAGUUUCUUCAGCCAGUGAGUACAUACAGGCUGAAUAUGAAUCCAGCAGUGCCAAUGAGAUGGAGCUUUCAGCUGCUACUGAUUUGCAUGGCCCUGGUCUUCAGUUUCCAUCCCCCCAAACCGCCACCAACAAUCAUUCUUCACCCCUUUUAUCUGCUUCUGUGCUACCUCUUGUCCAGCCUCCUUUUGAGGUCCCUCUCUCUUCUCCUAUCCCUCUUGUUUCUACUGAGGUGCCUUCACCAACUGCUAGCCCUGCCACUGAUCAGCCACCAUUAUCUGCUGACUGUACUGAUGCUGUUGAUAGGUUGCCUUCCUCUGACCUGGUUGCUACUUCAGUUAUGCAUUCGUCUGCUGACCCAGUUGCUGCUGCCACUGUUGAUCAGUUGACUUUGCCCACUGACUCAGCUGCCUCGCCUGGGUUGACUCCAUCUGAUAGUACUGCUGCUCCAUUGAACACUGAAAUAGAUUCUGACUUAAGGCUGUCUGCACCUGACCAGAUUGCUGUUGCCAGUGAUAUUCCUUUGCCUGUCUGCACUGCCACUAGUGUAACGUCAGCUGAUGCAGUUGAUGGCCUCACUGUUGAUCAGCUGCCCUUACCCACUGACCCUCCAGCAACUCAACAUUUGACUGAGCCGGAAGCAACUGCUAUUUUGCCUCCAUCUCCAAAGGAUACUAAUGUUGCUGCUGCUGAUCUACUUUCCUCUGACAAUAUUGCAACAGUUGCCAUUGAUCAGGUGUGUUCUCUCACUGGUCUUCUCAUUUCCUCCACAAAUGGUGAGCAGUCUUCAGCUGAUACAGUUGCCAUUCAAGGAGAACUGUUUUCAUCUGACAGUAUUCAUACAGCUACCAUGCCAUUGCCUGCUGAUACUAUUGCUGCUGAUGGUCCACCUUCAUUUGACCAUGUUGUGCCUUUGUCUAUUAACUCCAUUGCUGUGCCAAUAGAUCAUCAGCUGCCUUCAACUACUGACCCUGCUUUAGUUGACCUUGUUGAUGGACUGCCUUUGCCUGCUGACUCUGUUACCACCAACUCUGGACUUUCUGCAUGUGACAGUGUUAUUGCUACCGCUGCCCUUCAGUUGCCUUCAUACAUUGAUCCUCUGGUUGCCUCUGGCAUGGGCUUCAAACUUUUGGCUGAUGAAGUUGCUGAAAGUGCUGCCACUGCAACUUUAUCCAGUUGUGCUAUUGCUACUCCAGAUGGGCUGUCUUUAUCUGACAGUAUUGCUGUUGCUGUAAUGCCCUUGGCCGCCGAUGCCGCUGGCCAGGCGCCCUUGGCCGCCGAUGCCGCUGGCCAGGCGCCCUUGGCCGCCGAUGCCGCUGGCCAGGCGCCCUUGGCCGCCGAUGCCGCUGGCCAGGCGCCCUUGGCCGCCGAUGCCGCUGGCCAGGCGCCCUUGGCCGCCGAUGCCGCUGGCCAGGCGCCCUUGGCCGCCGAUGCCGCUGGCCAGGCGCCCUUGGCCGCCGAUGCCGCUGGCCAGGCGCCCUUGGCCGCCGAUGCCGCUGGCCAGGCGCCCUUGGCCGCCGAUGCCGCUGGCCAGGCGCCCUUGGCCGCCGAUGCCGCUGGCCAGGCGCCCUUGGCCGCCGAUGCCGCUGGCCAGGCGCCCUUGGCCGCCGAUGCCCUCCUGGAUCCUGUUGUACAUUCACUUGAUUCUGCUGCCAUUGUAGUUGAUCACUUGACUUUGUCAGCUGUCAACAUGGACAAGAAGCCUUCAUCUGAGCCUAUGGCUAAUGAUCUGCCCUUAUCUUCCACUAAUACUGUCACCCUGCCUUUGCCUAUUGAUACAAUUGUUCCCUCUGGGCUGUCUUUAGCUCAAACUGUGGCAGAUGUCACAGGUACUGCACCGUUGUCCACUGAUCCCAUUGCUUCCAGUGCUACUGAUAAUCUGCUUUCAGCAGUUGGCCCUCCAAUAGCCUCCAUUGAUACCACUGACCUGCCAUUGUCAGUUAAUCCUCUGGUAGUUGCAAUGGAUGAGUUGUCAGCUAACCCUCUAGUUGUUGCCCCUCUGGCAACUGAGGUACAAGUUGCAGUACCUAUGUACACGGCUGAGCCAUCCUCAGCCAUCAAUGCAACUGAUGAGCCUCAUUUGUCUACUGGCCCUGUAGUUGAUGAUUUUUCUGUGCACCUUGACAUGCCCUGUGAUAAGCCACCUAUGCCUGCUUUUGACCAGACACUGACUGUAGUCCCACCUGUUCAACUGCUUCAAUCUCCUGACUUGUCUGUUUCAGAGCUACACCCCCAUGUCAUUGAGCUAACCUCAUCUGACCAAGUUGUUCAGUGCACUGACUUGCUUCUGUCUCUUGACCCUUCUGUUAAUGCACAGCUUCAGCCUCCCCUGCAUGCUGCUGCCAAGCCGCCACCAUCUCUGACUGUUGCUGAUUGUCCACCUCAUGAAACACUUUCAUCCAAUGAACUUUCUUUAUCGUCAGAAUCUAGAGCACCUGUCACUGACUUUCCAUCAUCUUUCACUCUUUCAUCUGCCUCUGAUCAACUCACUACCCCAUCCCCUGAAUCAUCUUCAGCUGCCCAAAUUGAUGAUGAUGAUGAGAUGCCGCCAUUGAUUUCUGCUAUCGACGAGACUCCCCUCCGCGAAGCUCCUGCCCCACCUGUCAUUGAGAAGGCAAUUCCCAAGACUGCUUCAACUGGAAAGGAGCCUGUGGUGAAGCAGAAUGAUGAGGGGUCUGGGACAGAAUCGGACAGCGAUGAGUCGGUACCAGAACUGGAAGAACAGGAUACAGCGCAGUCAGCGACACAGCAAGCUCAGCUUGCAGCUGCAGCUGAAAUAGAUGAAGAGCCAGUCAGCAAAGCAAAACAGAGCAGAAGUGAAAAGAAGGCAAGGAAAGCGAUGUCAAAGUUAGGGCUUCGCCAAGUUACUGGGGUAACCAGAGUCACGAUAAGAAAAUCUAAAAACAUCUUGUUUGUCAUCACAAAACCAGAUGUCUACAAGAGCCCUGCAUCAGAUACCUACAUUGUUUUUGGUGAAGCCAAGAUUGAAGAUUUAUCUCAGCAAGCUCAACUGGCUGCUGCAGAGAAAUUCAAGGUACAGGGAGAAUCUGUGGCCAAUAUCCAAGAAAACACACAGACUCCAACUGUACAGGAGGAGAGCGAAGAAGAGGAGGUUGAUGAAACUGGUGUGGAGGUCAAGGACAUAGAAUUAGUCAUGUCCCAAGCCAAUGUGUCUAGGGCUAAGGCUGUCCGAGCAUUGAAAAAUAACAACAACGAUAUUGUAAACGCUAUCAUGGAGUUGACAAUGUAAGCGUCGGAAAAUGCAGGAGUGGGUACCAGUCCCAUUGGUGCAGCUUCAGUACAUUUGUACCAUUUAUAUUGAAAAACUUCAAAUAAAAAUGUGGCUUGAAAUAGUUAAA